AAUAGGCGCCAUGACAGGCCGGCACAUGACGUCGGUGGGUUAAAGUAAGUUCCUGGAGGCGAAGAGCUCGACGUUCCCCCACGGGAGAAUCGCGCUUUGCGGCCUGUGGAAAAGUGAGUGAUGGCUUCACCAGUCUCGGUCUACAACUCCAACGUCCUGGAUGCGCGCAUCCCCAGCACCUCCAGAGAGUCUCUGAAGAUGGAGUUGUUAGCCGACGUCACCCUGCUGCCCGGAGAGGAGCGAAUCAUAGACAAGGACAUCAUCUACAUCUGCCCGUUCAAUGGCGCCGUCAAAGGGAAGGUGUUGAUCACCAACUACAGACUCUAUUUCAAGAGCUCGGACGCGGACGUGGCGGUGACACUGGACGUUCCUCUGGGCACCAUCAGUCGCGUGGAGAAAAUGGGCGGGGCGUCGAGUCGAGGAGAAAAUUCAUACGGCCUGGACAUCACUUGCAAGGAUAUGAGGAACUUGAGGUUCGCCCUCAAGCAGGAAGGUCACAGCCGACGGGACAUCUUCGACCUUCUCUUCAAAUACGCCUUCCCUGUCUCGCAUGGCCUGCCUUUGUUCGCGUACGUAACUCAGGAGAAGUACGAGGAGAACGGCUGGGGCAUCUACAGGCCCGUGGAAGAGCUCAGACGGCAGGGCUUGCCGAACAACAAGUGGCGCAUUAGUUUUAUCAAUAAGAAUUACGAGCUUUGUGACACGUACCCCACCGUCUUGGCCGUGCCCUUUAAAUGUAAAGAGGAGGACUUGAGGAGAGUGGCUUCCUUCAGGUCCAGAGGUCGCAUCCCCGUCCUGUCCUGGAUCCACAGGGAGAACCAGGCGGUGAUCGCGCGAUGCAGCCAGCCGCUGGUCGGCAUGUCGGGCAAACGAAACAAGGACGACGAGCGCUACCUAGACCUCAUCAGGGACGCCAACGACACGGCUAAACUGACCAUUUAUGACGCGCGGCCCAACGUCAACGCCGUGGCCAACAAGGCCACGGGCGGUGGCUACGAAGGGGACGAAUACCACAACGCCGAGCUGGUCUUCCUGGACAUUCACAAUAUCCACGUCAUGCGCGAGUCCCUGAAGAAGCUCAAAGAUAUCGUGUACCCCAAUGUAGAGGAAUCCCACUGGCUUUCCAGUCUGGAGUCCACGCACUGGCUGGAGCACAUUAAGCUCGUGUUGUCCGGAGCCAUUCAAGUGGCAGACAAAGUGUCCGGCGGCAACUCUGUGGUGAUUCACUGCAGCGACGGCUGGGAUCGGACGGCUCAGCUGACGUCUCUGGCAAUGCUCAUGCUGGACAGCCACUACCGCACGCUCAAAGGACUGCAGGUACUCAUCGAAAAGGAGUGGAUCAGCUUCGGACAUAAAUUUGCAUCGAGGAUAGGUCACGGUGACAAGAACCACGCCGAUCAAGACCGCUCGCCCAUCUUCGUUCAGUUCGUCGACUGCGUGUGGCAGAUGACCAAGCAGUUCCCCACUGCUUUCGAGUUCAACGAGCGCCUCCUGCUGACCGUCCUGGACCACCUGUACAGCUGCCGCUUCGGGACAUUCCUCUACAACUGCGAGAGUGCGCGGGAUCAGAAUGCGUUGCGGCAAAAGACGGUGUCGCUGUGGUCAUUGGUCAACAGCAAGACUGACAUUUAUCUCAACCCUUUUUACACCCCCGAGUCGGGCAGGGUCCUCUACCCCGUUGCUAGCAUGCGCCACCUGGAGCUUUGGGUCACUUACUACAUACGCUGGAACCCGCGCAUCCGACAGCAGCAGAGUCCGGUGGAACAGCGUUACCUGGAGCUGCUAGCGCUCCGAGACGAGUACAUCAAGAAACUGGAGGAGUUGCAGCUGUCCGACUCGCCGGCACCGCCCUCGUCGCGGCUGGCUAACAGCGGCUCCGGCGCCAACACUUCGUCCUCGUCCGCCGGGUCACCCGCACAGCAGCAGUACACGCAACUACACACACCUUUCUGAGGGACACACGGGCGCACACCGUUCGCUGCUAUUGUGUGUGUGCAGUGCUAACAAAGAACGCUAACAGGACUUUUAUUAUUUCAUGUUCGACAGGUGAAUAAGCAAUAUGGCACCGGUCAGCCUUGUCACCAUACGCGCGCACGCACACACGAGCCUUAAAGACGUUUUCUGGCGUUCCUUCAAGGGCUUGACACACAAAGGACACGAAGCCAGCGUGUUGAUGAAGACUCACUAUAAAAACACAAUUUCAAGUCGGGACGAGCACGCGCUAGGAAAAAUAGGAAGGCGCGUUUUCCACGGAUGUCGUUUGGUCCCGAUUUGUCGUCACGUUCUCAUUUCUUCGCAGCUAUUCCAGUUUGAGUUUGGGCCGCAAGGACCGUGGGCUAAAUGUCGUCGACUCGGAUGCAAUAAGUCCUUUACGGAGGCAGGGAAGCCAUUCCCGACCGGCCCUGGGAUGCCGCCGUCUUUGUCCCGUGCGGUCCAAACGUGUGCCUUGACCCCCUCACGCUUCGCCCGGAACACUUUGUUGGUGUUCCCGAGCUCUUGAAGUCGACUAGACAGGGUACAGCUAACAAGCUAGCUUCAAUCAGGAUGUCCCCAAAGGCCAAAGUGUACUUGUUGUUCCCCUUUGCUCUUAUUCGGAGAGAGACCUUCUCCUCUCAGAAGCGCUGCGACCGCGGACUAAAGCUCGCAAACAGGGUAAAGCGUCCCACCGAGGUCGCAUUGCUCCUGGAAAUCCAUUUCAGAUGAAAAUCUAUUUUUUUUCUCCUUUGUUUCUUUUCUAUAAGCGGCAGGCAGGAUGUGAUUACCUCAGUCCAAAGCUAUUUUGCGCCCUAAAGCUCUUUAGUUGUAUAAAAUACAAUCAUUUUAUCGAGUGUGAAAUGGGAACUUUUCUGAGGAAAAGGGAACGCUUGAUUUUUGUGUACUACUCGACUUGUAUGUAGUUUGGUUCCUUUGCUGCUCUAGGUUGUUUUUCAUAAAAGGGAAGAAAACACGAGCGCCAUCUAGCCUCUCCUCUACGGGACACCGUUUGUAAAGCAGCUAAUGCUGAAAAUGACAUUUUCUCACAUUUAGCGCCACAGUGUUUAAAAUGUGAUGUGAAAAUUUUAGUCACUUUUUUUUUUUGCACAUUUGCAACAUUAUUUAGCAACUUAAAUAUUUUUAAAAAGUAUUGGACCUGAUGAUUAAAUCCAGAACUAAAUAUUUAAUCUUAAUCUUAAUUUAAUCUUAAAUGUAAAUCUUAAAUUUAUAUCCUAUAUAUAUCUUAAAUCCAAAUGUUAAAUAUAUAUCUCAAGUCUAAUUGUUAAAUUUAUAUCCUAAAUGUAAAUCUUAAAUAUAUAUAUAAAUACCAAAUUUAAAUGUUAAAUCUGGAAAUGGUUGAAACUAAAUAUUUGGCU